GGAGCCGCAGCCCAAAGUGUUAAGGAUUUCAGGUGCUCCUUGGCACCCGAGCUAGACUGCGACCUCCCCACCCACCGUAGCCUACGCUCGGCGUCACCUGCUCUCCCGGCCCUGCCCUGCCCUGCCCCGGUGGUGGUGGUGGGGUGCCGAGGGAUUGCGUCCCGAACCAGGCUGGGGACCCGGCUGCCUUGUCUCAAAUGAACCUCUAGUAUUGCUUUGAAAAAGCCAUUUUGUAUAAAUCUUAACUGAAUAAUUUUCUAAUACACCUGUUGGGAGAAUCACUGACACAGUAUGCCAUUUGAGAGGUACUUUUUCUUGUCCAAAUACUGGUGAUUAGAGACAAGAAGUGUUUUAUUUUUGUUUAACUUUUUCCUCUGAUCAUUAUGAACUUUGGCUUUUACCCCUGAAGUAAAAAUGUUGAAAGCAGAGUCUUCAGGUGAAAGAACCAAUCUCAGAAGUGCCUCUCCUCAUAGGAAUGCUUAUAGAACUGAGUUUCAGGCACUGAAAAGUACUUUUGACAAACCCAAGUCUGAUGGAGAACAAAAAUCAAAAGAAGGUGAAGGCUCCCAGCAGAGCAGGGGGAGGAAAUAUGGCUCCAAUGUCAACAGAAUUAAAAAUCUAUUUAUGCAGAUGGGCAUGGAACCCACUGAAAAUGCUGCGGUCAUUGCCAAAACGAAGGGGAAAGGUAGACCUUCAUCCCCUCAGAAAAGAAUGAAACCCAAAGAAUUUCUUGAGAAAACAGAUGGCUCAGUUGUUAAAUUGGAGUCUUCUGUUUCAGAAAGAAUUAGUAGAUUUGACACAAUGCACGAUGGUCCCUCAUAUUCAAAAUUCACAGAAACUCGGAAGAUGUUUGAGAGGAGCGUGCAUGAGUCAGGACGAAACAACCGCUAUUCCCCAAAGACAGAGAAAGCUGGAGGGAGUGAAGCUCAAGAUGAGUGGGGUGGUACCAAGUCCAACAGGGGCAGUACUGAUUCCUUGGACAGUCUUAGCUCUAGGACAGAGGCUGUCUCCCCUACAGUGAGUCAACUGAGUGCAGUAUUUGAGAAUACGGAAUCCCCCAAUGCCAUUGCUUCUGAGAAGGCUGAAAAUGAAUACUCAGUGACUGGGCAUUAUCCACUAAAUUUACCAGCUGUUACUGUGACAAAUCUUGACACCUUUGGUCACCUUAAAGAUUCUAAUACUUGGUCUCCUCCAAGCAAAUGUGAUGACGAUACAGAUGAUGUUCAAAAAAGUAAUACAACUCCAGUACCAGAAGUGGCUUCAAAAAGUACCUCUCUAGAUUCAAUGCUUGGUGAAGAGACACAGCAGAACAAGGAAGCCGAGGACUCUACAUCUAAUCAAGAGACUCCGGACAGCAUUGACAAAGGGAUUUCUGAAGAACUUUCUGCUGAAAAUAAGGCAAUGCCGGAAUUUAAAAUACCUUCACCACAAAACGAACCAUUGGAAGAUGCUGAAGCUAAUUUGGUUGGGAGUGAGGCAGCAACACAACCGAAGACAGAGCUUGGAGGUGGUGAUUUUACCUCUGCCGGUAUUUCUGGAUCAGAUUGUGUGAAGGAAGUACCUGAAGAUUCAAAUAAUUUCGAGAGCUCCCAUAUUUACAUGCACAGUGACUAUAAUGUAUAUAGAGUAAGAUCCAGGUAUAAUUCAGACUGGGGAGAGACAGGUACUGAACAGGAUGAGCAGGAAGAUAGUGAUGAAAACAAUUACUAUCAACCUGAUAUGGAAUACUCAGAAAUUAUUGGAUUGCCAGAAGAAGAUGAAAUCCCAGCAAACAGAAAAAUAAAGUUUAGUUGUGCACCAAUUAAGGUUUUUAACACAUAUUCCAAUGAAGACUAUGACAGGAGAAAUGAUGAAGUUGACCCUGUGGCCGCAUCAGCAGAAUAUGAACUUGAAAAACGUGUAGAAAAACUGGAACUUUUCCCAGUAGAUCUAGAGAAAGAUGAGGAUGGACUUGGUAUAAGUAUUAUUGGUAUGGGUGUUGGAGCAGAUGCUGGGCUUGAAAAACUGGGAAUAUUUGUCAAGACAGUAACAGAAGGUGGUGCUGCUCAGCGAGAUGGCAGAAUACAAGUCAAUGACCAGAUUGUGGAAAGUGACGGAAUCAGCCUGGUUGGUGUCACACAGAAUUUUGCUGCAACAGUUCUCAGAAACACCAAGGGCAAUGUCAGAUUUGUUAUUGGGCGAGAAAAACCAGGACAAGUAAGUGAGGUUGCCCAGUUGAUAAGUCAGACACUGGAGCAGGAGAGACGCCAGAGAGAGCUGCUUGAGCAGCACUAUGCCCAGUAUGAUGCUGAUGAUGAUGAGACAGGAGAAUAUGCUACAGAUGAAGAGGAGGAUGAGGUCGGACCUGUUCUUCCUGGUAGUGACAUAGCUAUUGAGGUCUUUGAGCUGCCUGAGAAUGAGGACAUGUUUUCUCCCUCAGACCUGGACACAAGCAAGCUCAGUCACAAGUUCAAAGAGUUGCAAAUCAAACAUGCAGUUACAGAAGCAGAGAUUCAAAAAUUGAAGAUCAAGCUGCAAGCAGCAGAAAAUGAGAAAGUGAAGUGGGAGCUAGAGAAAACACAACUUCAACAAAAUAUAGAAGAAAAUAAAGAAAGAAUGUUGAAGUUGGAAAGCUACUGGAUUGAAGCUCAAACAUUAUGCCAUACAGUGAAUGAACACCUAAAAGAGACUCAAAGCCAAUAUCAAGCCUUGGAAAAGAAAUACAACAAGGCAAAGAAACUGAUAAAGGAUUUUCAACAAAAAGAGCUAGAUUUCAUCAAAAGACAGGAGGCAGAAAGAAAGAAAAUAGAAGAUCUGGAAAAAGCUCAUGUUGUUGAAGUUCAAGGCCUACAAGUGCGGAUCAGAGAUUUGGAAGCUGAGGUCUUCAGGCUACUGAAACAAAAUGGGACUCAAGUUAAUAACAACAACAACAUCUUUGAGAGAAGAACAUCUCUUGGUGAAAUCUCCAAAGGUGAUACUAUGGAGAACUUGGAUGUGAAGCAAACAUCUUGUCAAGAUAGCCUAAGUCAAGAUUUGAAUGAAGCAAUCCCAGAGACUGAGCGCCUAGAUUCAAAGGCAUUGAAAACCAGAGCCCAGCUCUCCAUUAAAAACAGACGUCAGAGACCUUCAAGGACAAGACUCUAUGAUAGUGUCAGUUCAACAGAUGGGGAAGACAGUCUGGAACGAAAGGGUUUGAAAACUUCUCCAGAAUCAUAUUCUGGUGAUCCAUCCCUCACUCCAGUGGCUAGCAGUCUGCCUUUAUCAUCUGAUCACAUGGAUGAAUUUCCAGAAGAAUCACUACAUUCAGAAAGGGAACCAUCCUCCUCUACUUGGGGAGACACUUCACUCUCUUCUCCUUCAAAAUCUGAUCAAGACAUGGAAGAAACUCCUUGCCACCAUGUACUAACCACCAAGAAGAUAUUACCAGAAAAAGGUGGUGCGAAAGGUCCCAAAUCACUAACAGCAUCCAGUUCAUUGGUGGCGCAAGGUGGAAAAAUUAAGCAGAAGUUUGUGGAUCUGGGGAUUUUCAGAGGCAGGCUGGAGCACUGGAAACUGAAGCCAUCUCCCCCAGCUCAGGCCUCCACUCACUCACCUUGUAUGCCUUUCUCUUGGCUUAAUGAAAGCCGAAAAGGAUCUUAUUCUUUAAAGAACCUGCCUUCACCUACAAGUCCUCUUCAGCCUUCUCCUGAGAUUCUAAUUUCAGAUAAAAAGGGGUCCAAGAACUUUACCUUCAAUGAUGACUUCAGUCCCAGCAGUACCAGUUCGGCAGAUCUGAGUGGCCUAGGAGCAGAGCCCAAAACUCCAGGGCUCUCUCAGUCCUUAGCACUGUCAUCAGAUGAGAGCCUGGAUAUGAUAGAUGACGAGAUCCUUGAUGAUGGACAAUCUCCCAAACACAGUCAGUAUCAGCAUCGGGCCGUGCAUGAAUGGAGUGCGCAGCAGGUUUCUCACUGGUUAAUGAGCCUAAAUCUGGAGCAGUAUGUAUCCGAAUUCAAUGCCCAAAACAUCACUGGAGAGCAACUUUUGCAGUUAGAUGGAAAUAAACUUAAGUCUCUGGGAAUGGCAUCAUCACAGGAUCGAGCAGUGGUCAAAAAGAAACUGAAGGAAAUGAAGGUGUCUCUGGAGAAGGCUCGGAAGGCUCAAGAGAAAAUAGAAAAACAAAGGGAAAAGCUGAGGAAGAGGGAACAAGAACAAAUGCAGAGAAAAACCAAAAAGACUGAAAAGAUGACUGCAGCAAGUGAGGGUGCUGAUGAGCAGUAAUACACACCUUCUGUAUGUAUGUGAGGGCAGGAGAGAGGGUCAGUGCUCCUGCUCUUAACUUCCUGCCCUGCUUUCCUCCAAACAACAAAGGAAAAUCAAACUGGUGAUGGAGUAUUGCUGCUGCAGACAGACUGGGGAACUGUGUGUUGAGUAACUGCAGUUUCUGCAAUAUUAGAAUAUACACUUAAUUUUAACCUACUAAAAUAAUACCAACCUUUAUUUUUUUUUUUUUUGGUUUAUUUACAAAUCCAAGGAUUUGUGUAUGAGAAAUGCAAGUGACUAUUUCUCUCCCUUCUUACAAACAUCCUGUGUUAUGUUGGGUGGGUUGUGUCAGUUGGAAAACCAGGGCAAUCCUGCCCAACAUGAAUGUGGCAUAACCAUCCCCCAUUGUAUUAAUGUAGCACCAUGAAUUGUCAGUCUGGGAUCUUCAGAUGUGGUGACUGCACAUUUCUACAUGGCUGAGGAUUCAGAAUCUACUCUAGUAUACUGAACAAGCACCCUUCUGUGCCAUGUGGAAAUAUGGUUGCUCUGCCACAUAUUUACCUGCUAUGACAAAAGGCAAGCAAAGUGGUCUGCUUGCUGGGCAUUGCUAGAAAAAAAGAGAAUUAAUCAUUUGUUAACACCAGAAGGCAUGAACCUUAAGAAUGUGGUCUUGGGUAAUUCUUUGGCAUUUCAAUGGCAAUAGCACUUAUCCUUUAGAUUUACCUUACCAAAGGAGAAAACGCAGACAUAAAUGCAUGAUGGGAAUAUUGGGAUCUCUUGUUCAUGUUUCCAGUGCUGUGUGUUUGGUUAUUUCAACAACACUCAGAGACACCACAUAGCUUCUCUCUCACCAUCCAUCCCCACUAACAAAUUGAACAGGAAAUUAGUUUUAAGGAAACUAACAUUUUCAGGUUUCUUCUCUGGGGAACAUUCUGGCAAGCCUUCAGCCUGGCUAUGAUACAAUCAUGAACUCAUCUCAUAUUUUCUACUCAACAUUUCCCAAGCAUGCUCAAUGUUUUAAAAAAAUGUACUUUUAAGAAAAAUAGAAAUGCUAGUUAAAGAGAAUUUGAAUUUGUGUAACACGCAACUAGAGAAGCAAAUUUAUUGAGUACAAUUUAUUGAGAAUGGUCUGUAAAGAGGAGUUAUCAAUUAUAUUUAAGAAAUGUUUUGAAUGGUUUUUCUGAGUCAUUCUCUUCCAUACUUUAAAAGUGUUCCAAUCUGACAGUUCAAGUUGCUCUAAGAUAGGACCCAGAAUAUAGCCUAACAGAGGAGUCAGUUAUAUAUUUUGAAAGCCAGUAUUAAGGAUUUCAGUAUUUCAAUAAACUAAUUCAAGUUGUAGGAGAAUGGAGCAGACAGGAGAACAUAAAUGCAUCUUGAGAAAUUUUAAAAAUAGAUAUAAUAAUUAAAGAAAAUUUGGAUUUAAGGAAUAUUAAACCACAGAAAAAUUUAUUGUAUAUUUUGUUAUUGUUGCUGUUCUUUUCCUUUUAUAAUUCAUGUAUCUGAUUCUCUUUCCUGCAUUGGUUAUAAAAAAUGAAGUCAUCACUUUUCAAAGGGCAAGUUUCAAGUGAAAAGUUCAGGCUUUAUAAAUUUUUGGAUAAGGAUUUUUUUUUCUCUAGUGUGUAAGGGUCUCUUUUAGAUUCUAUUCAUAUUUUCACUGGAAAUAUUACAUGCCUGGAAUUUGUGAGGAACUUUUUGAAAAUUUCAAGUAACAGAGUAAAGGAGUUCCUACCCAUUGAGCUCAAUCUCAUAUUUUGAGAAUUAUGAUGAUUUUUUUGAGGGAGGUUCAGAAUCCAGUGUAAAAUCUGGAAUUUUCUAAGCUAGAAAUUUAUAAUCCAGUUUCUCUCUAGGACCUAUUUACUUUUGUAGUACAAUUGUAUUUUCUGAUUAAUUUUAGUAUUUUAUUCACUUCUUACGGCUCAUUCAUUCAUCCCUCAGAAAUACAUAAUGUUACAUCAUGCCACUUUAUAUGUUUUUCUGUAUAUAUUUAUUGGUGUAUAGUAAAACUGAAACUGCCAUACUGGAUACUCUUAAUAUUUUAAGAUGUGUGGUGCUUUUCUAUUUAUUGAUACAAUGAGAAACAAAGAACCACUCUGGAUGAAUUAUAAAUAUUUUCUAAUUCUAAAAUAAUAAGCCAAAAUCUGUUCAUAAUUAUAUUUGCUAUUAUAAAUUUUUGCUAAUAAUUGGAAGGAAAUGUACCUGGAUCACACUGGAAGUUUUGCUGCAUUAAUUUUAAGAGUGGAACUUGAAAGAUAAUUAUCUUAAGUUAUGUUUACACUUUAGAUAUACUGGAAGCAUCACAAAUUUAUAUCUUUCUCUGCAUAUAAUUAUUUAUGAUCUCUAAUAUUACAUGUUUUUAAAUGUCUUAGAACUACUGUUUAUUUUAACUUCAUUUGUACACAUUAGAUAAAUAACAAACAAUAUUAUAAAGCAAGUUGAUUUCAUUAAAUACCUUAGUUCAUAUUUUAACAUAUUAAGUUAAACUAUAGUAAAUUUAAGUCUUUAGUUAUUUUAACAUUAUUAUUCAAAACUGCUGAAAGUGUAAAAGGCACUUGAUUAUAUUGGUCAAACAGGAAAAAAUGUAAGCUGAUUGAUAUAAAGAUAUAAAAGCAAAGUGAAAGACCUUAUGAACAUUCUUAUGAACAUAUCUUAUGAAUAUUCUUUUGCUCAUUACUUUUGUUGAAUCAAAUGCAUGAUUCCUAAUUGAAGUGGUCAUGUUUUACACAAUCUAUAUUUAUGCUUGUGAUUUUCAGUGUUGAUGCAACUUAACACAGAAUUGUUGCCUCAUGUACCUUUAGUAUUACUAGAAAAUGAAUGGAAAGGAUAUAUAUCUGAAUUUUAAUACCUGAAGGACAGCUCAUUAUACUUUCAACAAUAUGCAAAAGUCUUUUUGCAGUCUAGCUAAUUAUUUGGGGGAAUAUAAAGUUGGGCAGGUGGGAAUGUGAAUGAGGCCAAACAAAAAGCGUUGUGUGAGAUAAGUAAAGAAGAAGUGAUUUCCAUGAAAAACAAGCUUUAGUUUUAUAACUAAUUUCUUUAUUUAAUAUCAUAUCCCUGAGUUCUCUUAUUCUUGGCUUUUACUCAGAAGUUCACUAGAUCAGACAUCUAAUUAUAUAUGUCAAACAUCUGAUGAAGUCCACCGUUUGUUUCACAGAAAUAAAGCAAUUCUGUGCUUGGGUUAACAUUGAUUUACCACCCACAACAUCAAAUACACAUUUUAACCCAUGGCAGUUCUUGAAAACAAAGUGGCUGGAGCAAAAGGGAGGAACAGAAUUAACCCUUAUAGUUGUCUUUUAUCCUGUGGUUAACUCUGGUCUGAAAUCUUUAGAUAUCCUGAGUCUCAGCUGUAAAUUCAUUAAUUGGUUUUGUGACCCAGCACUUUAAUCAGCUCCUCUGUAUUUUAGCUGAGAGCAAAGAAAUCUCCUCUAGGUUCAAUUUGUACUGGAAUUAGAAUGUGCUUUAAAGUGAUAUUUUAAAAGGUAAAUAAAAAUAUGCAUUGAUUUGGCUAUUGUCAUUCAUUUAUAAGUGUUAAUGAUUAUGAAUAACCAGCUUUCAAGAGAUAAAUCCCAGGUUUAACAAUAGUAUUAAAAAAAAGGGGGAAUCCUAAUAAUUAUUGUAUCUAGCAGUUUAAGAGGAGUGUCUAUGCUUUGGAUAUGUUAUGUCCCUUUCAUUAAUUUGAGGUACUUAAAAGUUAUCACAUCCCAUUGAGCAAUGUUACACUCUCAGUGGUGCUACAGAUGAUGGGUGUUUUACUAUAAUUUGUGUCAGGUAUUAAAUGCUGUUUUUAGUGCAUUCUGUUUGAAAAUGUAAAAUAGAAAAGAAAAGCCCUGUUGUGUUUUAAAGAUAGCCCUUCCAAAUUUAACCACAGAUCUGUCUCUUUACACUGUUCCAAAGCAAAACGUUUAAGGAUGAAGUCCAGAAGUAAAAUGCCCAUGUUUUCUCCUAAAAUUGUUUUCAUUCUAAUGGCUGUGAGUGGGGAGUAGUUUCUCAGAAGAAAGUAGUGUUGUAGGAAAUAUGAAUAUGUGCUUCAGUGGAGUCACUCCUAAAAACCAGUCUGAGUAUGAAAACCAAUAUGGAUAUGCAAACAGAUUUUGUUUAUAACACCAGAUAGAAUACAUUUAAAUAACUUAAAGUGUAGCAUAAAGUAGAUAUAAUCAAGAAGUUGGGGGCAAAGAAAAAGCCUACAGAAUCUAUUUCCAGCCCCUGACCUCCAGAAAAUGAAAACAUCAGAUUCUAUCAUCUACAUAGAUUAUAUGCUCCUAUGGAUGUUAAGAGAAUGAUUGCUGCUAGAAGGUUUACAUUUGUCAGGAUCUGGACCAAACACAGCAUAUCAUCUGCUUCUAGAUCUCCAGAGCAAGGAUGAACAGAUCAGAUGAUUUUCAAUCCUUGACUCUAACCCCAAAUUCAAACCUAAAAUGAUUAGGUUUUCAAGAAUGAAUAAUAGAUAAGGUAUAAGAAAACAAGAGGCAACUUCUCAAUAAUGUGCAUGCCACUUGUGUAGGUAUACAGAACUACAUAUAUGUGCAUAUAUACAUGACUUUAUCUCCCAUUUUACAUGCACACACCUACCACAAUCACAUGGCAUAAAAUAACACAUUGCAUAUGGAUCUUAGUCAUGUCAGUUAGGACCUUGAUCAAUAAUCAUAGCCUUAUAGCCACUUUUUUGUGUUGUGUAUACAUUGAAUGGUUCAUAAGAUUUUAAGAAAUUUUUUAAUGUAUUUCUACUAAAUGCACUUAUCCUUCUACAUGUUUAUAUAUUUUGGUAAAAUUGAUUUAUUAGCUACUUGAUAUUUUAGUAGGAUAAAACUCUCAAACGUUUAGUUAUGCUUUGAUAUCAAGUGUACAUUACUAAAUUAAAGCUCAGAAGUUUGAGAAGCUUUGAGCAUUUUCAACUGUGGACUGCCAUUUCCCUGACUAAACAAUUGUACUGUGUGUUCUUGUACAUUUACUCACAAUCUAAAAGUCUAUUUGGUAUUUGUGAUGCUGGAGUCACUAACUACUGUCUCUGAUGGCAGUGUUGUGUUGUGAUUAUUUGAUCAUCUGCUUCUUUUGCUGAAUGAUGGCAUGGUUAGGUCAUGAGAGAUUUAAUAGGAAGUAUGUGCAAGGAUGAAUAUAGUGUUGGGAGGUGUACACUUCUAUAUAUUUAAGCAAUUUCAUUUAUAUACUAAGAAUACCUGUUACAGAUAUAAUCUUUAAUUCCUGAAAGAAAAUUGACCAAAAAUAAGUGUUACCUAAAAAAGGAAAAUUAGCAGCACUCCAGCUAGGCAACACCUCCUAACAGCAUAAGAUUUAGAUAGUGCAUUGUGAAAUCCUUUUAUGUAUGUGUAUAUGUUUUUCUUAAUAUUAUUUGUGGUCAUCACUACUGCUCUUUGAUUUUUAAUGAAGUGGCAUUUCAACAACUAGUACACUUGCUGCAUAUCACUAACAAAACCAGAAGCUGAUAAAAAAGGAAUUGUUGCAUCAUAAGAAGUUUAUUUAGAUUUUUUUUUUACAUAUUACUUACUAAAGGAAAAGAGUUGUUUGAACAUAAUUUUUAAGCCCCGUAAGUAUGAAUGCAUGUUAUCUGAAACUUUUAAUUUGUACAUUUAGGUAUCUGAUCUUUUGCAUGGAGGAGACAAUAGUGCCAUGUCUGAAUUGUUCUCUUGUGCUUGGUUAAUAUGUACUUAAUCUAGAUUGUUUCAUUUGAAAUGACAUUUUUAUUCUUUGAUUUUCAGAGGCAUUCAAAGCAAAAUAUUGCGGUGGUUGUUUGUUUUAUGAGCAAUCUAAAAAUACAUGUGAUUAAAUUAAACUUGUUAGUGUAAAUAAAUUUCUUGCCAAUGAGUAUUCUUGUUGUUAGACAGUGAAUGCAAUAAAAAGAGAAACACUAUAA